GGGGGAAACGGGGGGUUGCUGCUCUCAGCUUGCAGGGAGAGGUGAGCUAAAGGGGAAUUUAGGAGGGAGGGGCCAUUUGCAGAAAAGUUGGGAGAAACUGAUAGAAAAUCCCAGGAGACCGAGGGCGUCAGUGGCUGCGAAAAGGACAUAGGAAGCGCCUUUGUACCGAGUUAGACCAUCAAGUCUGGUAACUGCUUUCCAGGAUUUGGGGAGAGGGUGGUAGGGAGGAGGGAGGGAGGAAAAUCUCUCCCGGAUUGGGGAGGGGAAUGCAAAAGUAUGGAAGAGGAAGCGUUGGAUCCUGUAGUCCAAAUCAGCCCUCUCAUUUCUGAGAUAAGUUUCAAUAUACUGUUGUUUAAUGCAUAGAGCAGUCUUCAUGCUUUUGAAACCGCUGCAUGGCAUGCGGAGGGGAAUUCAACAGGUACAGCCUUCUUAAUUGCCUCUCUAAGCUUGGGAAGCUCUGCCUGUUGAAUUUCUUCCUGUCUGGAAAUGUUGAAUACAUGGGGCGCUUUUCAGUUGCUGUUGUUGUUUUUCAGUUGGCAAACUCAUUGGCAGAUCAGAGCAGACUGCCGUACAGACAAGGGCAUCUUUGAGUAAAUGCAGAGUGACAGAAGAGACUUGUGGCAACCUCUGAAAGCUAACAACAGUGUACACAUGGGCAAAAUGCAAAAUGUGACAAUUGAAAAGUUUUAUGUAUAUGCAAUUAAAGAUGAAAUGACACAGUUAAUUCUUCACAACAACUGUAAUUGUUGAUAAUGCAGUCAUCGUAAGUACUGUUAUUAACAUUGGAAGUGGGACAGAAAACCACUGGGUUGUUGCCCGCUAAGUCUGCAAGUUCACUGUAUAUUUAAAGCCGUAUCGUCCCACUUUAAACAGUCAUGGCUUCCACCAAAGAAUCCUGGGAAUUGUAGUAUAACUGCAAUGCACUAUACGUAGGGCUGCCUCUGAAGAUGGUUUGGAAACUUCAGUUGGUGCAGAAUUGAGUGGUCAGGUUGCUCACCAGAAUCAGUUAGUUUCCAGGCCCAAUUCAAAGUGCUGUUUUUGACCUAUAAAGCCUUAAAUGGCUCAGGACCGCAACACCUCAAGGACCGCCUCUUCCCAUAUGGACCCACUUAGACCCUGAGAUCAUCUUCUGAGGCCCUUCUUCGUGUGCCUCCUCCUCGAGAGGUUCGGAGGGUGGCAACACGAGGACAGGGCCUUCUCUGCAGUGGCUCCCCGUUUGUGGAAUGCUCUCCCCAGGGAAGUUCACCUGGCGCCUUCAUUAUACACCUUUAGGCACCAGGCAAAAACAUUUCUUUUUAACCAGGCCUUUGAUUGACCUGAUCAACAUCCUAUACCCUUUUAAAAAGUGACUUUUUUGGUGGGGGGGCCUUAUUGGGUUAUUUUUAUUUUUAUUUUAUAUAUUGUGAUCUUCUUUGUGACCUGCCUUGAGACCUCGGGGUAUAGGGUAGUAUAUAAAUUCAAUCAAUCAAUAAAUGUAUGUUUCUUAAGGGUGCUGAGAGUGGUUAGGAAAGUCCCCUCACAGAGCUACACUUUCCAGAGUGGUUUAACAAUCAAUCCAUCAUCCCAGGGAGUUCUGUGAGUGGAAUAGGGGCCUCCUAACAUCUCAGCACUAUAAAAGAACUGCAUUUUCCAAUAUUCUUUGCAGGAAGCCACAACUAUUUAAAGUGACACGAUACCGCUUUAAAUGUAUAGUGUAGAUGUGGAUAUUCGGAGUAAAGGUAAAGGGACCAUUAGGUCCAGUCAUGGCCGACUCUGGGGUUGCGGCGCUCAUGUUGCUUUAUUGGCCGAGGGAGCCGGCAUACAGCUUCCAGGUCAUGUGGCCAGCAUGACUAAGCCGCUUCUGGCGAACCAGAGCAGCGCACGGAAAUGCCGUUUACCUUCCCGCCGGAGCGGUACCUAUUUAUCUACUUGCACUUUGACGUGCUUUCAAACUGCUAGGUUGGCAGGAGCUGGGACCGAGCAACGGGAGCUCACCCCGUCGCGGGGAUUUGAACCGUGACCUUCUGAUCGGCAAGUCCUAGGCUCUGUGGUUUAACCCACAGCUUACUAUAUUUGGAGUAGGCCCUUUGAAAUGAAUAAACCUAAGUUUGUCCUUUUGCUUAAUGUCAGUGGGUCUACUCUUGAGUAGCACUAACACCACUGACAGACUUGCACUCUUUUUGUGUCCAGAUCCUCGGUCUAAUCCAUCUGUGCUUCACCUCGCUGAAGGAAAUGGCCGAAGGGGAGAGGAUAGCCAAUCAGAAAACAGAGGAACAGGAUCCGGCAGGCUCCAGGUUAUGGGAUGGCAUGGAGGAAGGCACAAGCGAAGGCCCAGCCGUUAAAAAUUUGGCCGGCGGAGCCAAGUUGGUUUUGACAGAGGAAGCGUUGAAGCGGGUUAAGCAGGAACCGAGCGAGGGUGUGCUCCAGCAGUGCUGGGAAGGCCAAUGGCAGGCCUUCCUGAAGGCUGUGCGGUCCCCUUGCUUGGGAGGGAUCAAUCUGCAGGUGCCCCGGCCUGCACCGAGGGAAGACAUCAAUGAAUGUCAGGUCACUUCUGAGGGAGUGGCCAAAGCUGGCCAACGGCCCCGAGGAGAAAGCAGCGAUGAGAUCCUGGACUCCUCUGGAGAACAGGUCAAAGUAGAGGUUCUGGACAAGGACACCGUGGACCUGGAGGUGCGACGCCGGCAUUUCAGGCAGUUCCGCUAUGAGAAAGCCAAGGGCCCCCGAGAAGUCUUGAGCCGACUCUGGGAGCUUUGUCGCCGGUGGCUGAAGCCGGAGAGACACACCAAGGAGCAGAUCCUGGAGCUGGUGGUUCUGGAGCAGUUCCUGGCCGUCCUGCCCCAGGGAAUACAGGGCCAAGUCAGGGAGCAGGACCCAGAGACCUGCACCCAGGUGGUGACCCUCGUGGAGGAUUUCCUGAUGAGGCAGGAAGUCCAAGAUGCCAGGAGUUGGGAUCAGCAGGUAAGGUCUGUACGCUGCCAACAGCAUCUUGAGAGCACCAUGUUGGCUUCCCCGGGCUUAGAUGUUUUGUGUACAAUCUAGCGGUAGACGCGUUUUGUUAAAUAAAAGUGGAUCAACGGGACUCCCGUGGCUGUUUCAGGUGCUGAGGCCUUCUGGAGAAACUGCUGCGAAUUCCUGUGAGGCAAGCCAGGUUCCUCCCAACUUUUGGAAAAGGCAACUCUGCAGAGCGGCUGGUCAGGUAGAGGACAAAGCUGCAGACUUGACAGGUAAGGAAUCUCCACACAUGGAAUCUACUUGAUGCUUUUCAACCCCUGGGGAAUUUCCCCCUUCAGGAAUUUCCUCGUCUCUCUUGUUUCUUAAGCUCAGGCAGCCUGCCUGCAUCAGUUCAGAACAUGUGUAAGACAAAAUAAAAAAAGAGGAAAUGGCUUCCUUUUAAAAAAUGUGUUUUCAUUUAUUUACAAUAUUUCUUUAUUUAUUAGAUUCCAUUUCUGAAUCUGUUCCCCAAAAAAUAUUUAUGCAGUGUUACAGUAAAAGUAUUAACCUAAAACAAUUCCAUACAUAAAAAUAAUAUUUAAGACUACCGGGGUGGGGAGAGGGGAAUACCCCAAAACUUAAACGUAACAUACCUCAUAAUUUAAUUACUACUUCUAUUAUGUUCAUAAGUCACUUUAAGUCAUUUUUAUGAAUAAAACAAUUAGUAAUUAUUCAUAAUAAUAAUAAUAAUAAUAAUAAUAAAUGAUAUAUUCACAAUAGCUUUUAAUAGUUUUAUUGUAUGAUCCAGCAGUAUACAACUAUUUUUUUAUAAAUAAAAAAUAAACAGGGAGUUAUAUUACAUGUCUAAUUAGAGACAUAAUGGUUAUCAAUGCUGUCCAGUAAACAACACUGUAAUAUAAUAAGACAAUACCAACUUAUGUUCUAAACAUUAUUCUUUGAAAACAUUAUAUUUAGAUCAUUCCUUUCUGGUAAGGUCUUAAUUUUUUUUACUGUGAUCAAUGACUUUCCCCCCGUCUUGUCACAAAACUAUCACGCCUCUGUUCCCUUCCCUGCCCCACACCCUUAACUCUAAUCUAAUGAGUCAGUUUAGCUAUUGUAGCUGUGUAAAAAUGGACACAAUAUGGGAAUUGCUCAUUUGACCAUUGUUUACUGCUGCAGGUGACAGGCAAGUGCAUGAGAAGGAGGCGGCAACCUUGAGAAGAGAAAAAGGUUUCAAGAUGUACAGGAAGGGAAUAACAUUUGGAAGUCAGCAGGAAGUGGAAAGAGAACCAAAGAGAACUCUAGAGAAAACUGUUCCCUGUCUGGAGGAUAACGAGGAUGGGGAAGAAAACAGGGUCCAGCUUCAUGAGAGGCAAACAACCUGUGUGGAUCCCAAGAGAAGCUUCCGGCCCACACUUAACCAUCAGAGAAUCCCCACUGGAGAGAAACCCUAUAAGUGCUCUUUCUGCGGGAAUAGCUUCACUCGCACGUGGGACCUCCUGGUACACACGAGGAUCCACACCGGGGAGGCCCCAUAUAAGUGCUCCUACUGUGGGAAAAGCUUCAGCCGCGGUUCACUCUUCAGGGAACACGUGAGAACUCACACGGGUGAGAGGCCCUACAAGUGUUCUCACUGCGGGAAGAGCUUCAACCGGAAACGCUACCUUAUCACUCAUGAGAGAAUCCACACGGGGGAAAACCCGCCUCUGUGCCUUUAUUGUGGGAAAAGCUUCUCUCAGAGGGCCAGCCUCAUUGCCCACGAGCGGAGCCACACAGGGGAAAUCCCGUACAAAUGCAGUCACUGUGACAAAAGUUUCUCCCAGAAGUCCAAGCUCAUCAUACAUGAGAGGACCCACACGGGAGAGACUCCCUUCAAGUGCCCUGAGUGUGGGAAAAGCUUCAGCCAAAAGGGGAACCUUAGGACACACAUGAGAAUCCACACCGGAGAGAAGCCUUUCAAAUGCCUGCUUUGCAUGAAAAGCUUCUCUCAGAGGGCCAAACUCCUUGUACACGAAAAAAUGCAUACCGAAGCAUUUGGUACAACGGAGGGGACUACGUAGGUUUUGUAGGAGAAUUGAGGUUAAGACAAAUUUGUGAGAGGAUAAACUGCAUGACUCUGAACGGCAGUGGUUGGGGAAUGAUUUCGGGGAGCUGUUGUUGCUUUGUCCUGCUUUUGGGCUUCUCAUUGGGGCAUCUGCUUGGCCAUUGUGAGGAACAAGAUUCUCAUGAAGAUGGGCCUUUGCUCUGAUCCUACAUGAUUCUUCUUGUGUCAAUUUUGAGCUGGAAAUUUCCCCCAUGAAAAUUUCACCUCCUUCUCCUGGGUGGCAAUAGGUAGAGCACAUGGCCAUUGGCUGUGCUGGGUGCUGCUGAUGGGAGCUGGCAUCCCAAUAACCCGUGGAAGCUCCUUGCCCAAUCUCCUUGAUCCCCAGCCCCUGAUCUGUUGAACCAAACUAUACUUGAUGGGAGUAUAUUGUGCUCCAGGAGGCUUGGUUUGGUCAGAAUCUAGUGUAUACUUCCAAAGUAGUGUACACUGGCUGCCCCAAAGCAUCCUGGGAACUGUCCUUUUAGGACAUUGACAGCUUCUAUGAACCCCCUCACAGAACUACCAUGCCCAUAGUUUUCUGCCAAGAGGGACUGAGUGUUUAAAAUACUCAGGGGAUUGUAGGUCUGCGAACGGGAGGGAAUACCCACACUACACAGUACGACAUUUUGUGGCAGGCGCCACGUCUGGUUUAGCCACUUAUGGGUAUAGUAGUGUGGUAUGGCUUGUGGGUGUGAGGGGCUGGUAGUCCUCCAGACGAUAUUUGGACUCCCAGGGCUGCCGCUGAGGCAAAACAGCGGUGCUGCUUCACCCUCAACGAGUCCUGCCCCACACACCUGCUGAGGGUGACUCCCUGUGUCCCCCACAGAUGACACUGCCAACUCCAAUGGUGCCAUUCCUCCCCCCCCCCCCCCAAGACAAAGGGAAGAAAAUGGAGACUGAAAAGGCUGCGGCGGAUGGGGCACAAUGGAGUAGGCCGCAACAGUGGCAGAUCAGGAGAAUGGUUCACUCCUCGUGGGCCUGGAUCUUCUGCCCCGCCUCUGAGCCUCCCAUCCUGAGGCAAGACUCAUGGAUGGGGCAGCCCUCCCAUCUGCCGCUAGGCAGCAUAACCUGCAGUUUGGCAUUAUGGAAACUAGGAGCCACAGCUGGAGGGCUGCAGAUUCCCCGUCCCUGGCUUAAAGAUACUUCUGUAUAACAGGCAUAACAAACACUGCUUUUUCCCUAGUCCAAACUAAUAGCUUUUAUUUCCAUUAACCUGACCACCGGUAUAGUGUAAGUCAGGGACGGGAAACCCCUGGCGCCCCAGAUGUUGCUGGACUCCAGCUCCCAUCCUCCUUGAUCAUUGGCCAUGGUGGCUGCAGGGGCUGAUGGGAGUUGGAGUCCCAGCACCAUCUGGGGGGCCAAAAGGUUCCACAGACCCUGAUCUAAAGUGAUUUGGGCUCUGGAAAUGUCAAAGUAAAACUUAUGCUUCUUAGCGUUCUGCCUCUGUUCUCCAUCCACGAGGUCCAAGGAAGCUGAACGCAGAAAGAUUUGGGGCAUGUAAAUGAAAGCACUUGGUCACACACCAUUGGCAAGGGCCGUGUUACCUCAUAAAUUGGCACUGGGGUGGUGCACAGCGAAGAGUUUAAAGCAAAGUUGUUCAAUGAAUCACAUUCAUCAAAUAAAUGUGCAUAGAAGAAAAAGAAAUGCUCUAAAGGGAGAAAAGACAAUCUUUGUUCUGAGAUUAUUCAUAUAUAUGAGGCAUUUCAGGAAUGCCUCUCGAAAGAUGGCGCAUGCUGUCUUCAAUUUUUAUAUGCAUGCAUUGAGCAUAAUAAAAGCAUUUAUCUAAACUGGCCUUACUAUUAGCUCAACAUUUCUUUUAAGCUUCCAGUCCUACAGAUUUUUCUCCCCAUUGUUGGCUUCUGCCUCUUAGGGACAACCCAGCUCUCCACCAUCCAAUGUUGUAAUGUUGUCAGGUGAUUGACACCUGCCAAAAGUCCUUUGUGCAGCUCUUCCCAACAUCCAGUUGGGUUCUGGGCAGAGGGGCAGAGCUGGGCAAUGGAGCUUUGCAAAACCCCUUUACGUCCUUCCCAGCUACCUACCCUUUUACCUGCUCCACGGUAGACAUCCG